UCAUCGGUCGCUUCGUGCCGCUCACGGCCCCUUCUGUAAAAACCAUAGCCAGUUCCAGAAAAUUCAUGAGGACGAUCGCACAUGCUGUUUGACGUAGUCUACUUCUCUUUGCUAGUUAGCAUCUAUGCAUUUUCACCACCUAGCCUCAUGUCGGACAAGGAGACGCAGCAUGAUCCCAACAUCGGUGAUUUUGUGGAGCUGAAUCCAGGAGACACCAUUCAUCUAACAUGUUCUGAUGCUAUGAAUGAAGCGAUUGAAUUUCUACUACCAAAUCUCAACGAUAAUCAGGGUCAUUCUGAAGAGGAUUUUAAAUCUCGCUAUAAAAUAGAAGACGUUUCUUACGGGCACGUUCUUCGCCUAUCUGAUGUGAAGGAAAGUGAUACGGGAACUUACACUUGCCACUCCAAGGACGAUCCGAAUCUAGCCUCGCAGAUUCACAUUUUCGUCAAGGGCUCAAAAGUCUUUGUGCCAACCAUCUUUCCGGGUCUAGUCAUUAGCACUCCUGAAUUUGUUGUACCUUGCAAAACUUCACGACAUGUCACCAAAGAUGAGGUCGAAUUACGGUUCAAUGAUAAAGUUUGGAAAUCAGCAUCGAAGCACUACGAUCCCAGGAUUGGCUUCAAAGUCAACAGUAAAAACUCUGAGGAAAAAAUUAGCAAUCAAUUGCAAUUCGUAUGUACCUAUAAAGGCGAACCAAGCGAUACGGCUACUUAUUUCAUAAUCAUUAGCGAAGCUCAAAAGAAUGAUCUCGAACUUGUAUUUGAAGAGGCAGAUCCAUGGCCCUAUGUUGGCGGGCAUUACUCGCUUAUUUGCAUCCUCAGGCUCAAAGGAAGAGGUCGUAUAGAAGACAGAUACCAACAUUACCUCAAUUUAACCUGUCCUAGAUGUGCACAUCAGCAUCCCGACAUCAGAAAAACAAAACAUGUUAGAAAUGACAUGUUAUCGCUCACCCUCACCAUCGAAACUUUGACUUCUGAAGACAGUGGGCAAUAUGUCUGUGGUUGGUAUUUUGAGAAACAACUCAAUCAAACGAUUAAGAAGACUGUGAUUGUGUCGCCUAAAAAGGAACAAAUUAAGGUACUCAAUAGAACACCACAAGAAGUGAAUGUAAUGGAGGGCAACUCGAUCAAUUUAUCAGCUCAGCUGGCAGCUUUCCCUUACGAUCUGUCAGGAUUCAAUGCCAAAUGGAUUAGAAAGUAUAUCAAACCUCCAAAGACCGUGAAUGAAACCGAAAACUUGGUGAAUGAUUAUGAUCGUCAAAUCUCAAGCGAAAGAUUAAAUGGCGGACGGGUGACUGAAAAAAUCUCAAUCAAGAAUGCUGCAACUGAUAUGAGCGGAAUAUACGUGCUCACUAUAGAAUAUCUGGACACCGUGCGAACCAUAGAGUGGAGGGUGAAUGUUCAAAAUGAGCGCAUCAAAGCCCGGAUAGACGUGAUGUCUCCGAACAGCUGGGUUGUGUUCGAUCAGCAGUAUUACCAAGUAGGGACCCCACUGCAUGUGAACUGCCUCGUCACCGCCAUUCCUCUGGCUUCGGUUCGCUUCAUGAGGAGAGAGGCCUCGUCCGACGCCCCGUGGAUAGAUGUUGAAAGCAAUGAACUGGUCGAACUCAAAGGAACCUACGAAAGUGGAUAUCUGUGGAAUACAACAGUAGAGGAUGAUCUCGAUCUGAAAUGCGAAGGCGAAAGAAAUGGAAGGACGAGCUAUGAAGAAAAGAGAGUUCGAGCUUCGGAGAGUGAGCCUUAUGUGAAGACUAGCUGGACUCGUUCUGAGCAUGCUACUUCUCAGGAAGACCCCAAAGAAAUCUAUGAAGGUGACAAUGUCGAGCUGAGAUGUACCGUGCCCAACGACGAAGAAUGGAAUGUACAAUGGGACUUCCGAGACCAUGUGUUGACGGAUGUUUCUAGCAGAGUUGACGCGCAUUCACGCGUGCUGAUUGCUAAUAUCAAUAACGUAACGGGAAGCAAUGCUGGCGAAUACACUUGUAUUAUGCAAAAAGGUGAUCAGGAGAAACGAUUGAAACAGAUAAUCUCAGUUGUGAAAACGGUAAAACCUUACCAUACCCAGUCUGAUCCUGAGAAACCGAGAUAUCUGGAAUAUGGAAAACCAGCAGAUUUUGAGUGCAAUAUUGACGGCACGCCACGACCAGAUUACAGAUGGUUCAAAGAUGAUAGACCCUACGAAGGUGGCGAACUGUCACCAGACAAUCGGCGGCUUCAUAUAGCGAGGGUGGCUGCUGAGGAUAAAGGAGAUUUUGAAUGCGUGGCCACAAACCGAGCUGGCACUAUUGUGUAUAAAUUUGCAGCGAAGGUGGAAGGGGCGCCAAAAAGAGUGUCAAGCUCUUUCUUGUUCAUGAUCUUCAUGCUACUGUUGGGAUUGCUAUGCUGUUUGAUAACAGCUUUGGUACUGUACUUUAAGCAGCGAAAAACAGCUAUUGAACAGGAGAGAGCUCUGAACGUCCUCUAUGAACAAUUAAUGAAAACGGCUGAAGGUCCUCCUCCAAGUGGUCCAAAGUUACCGUUAGAUCAACGUGUCUAUCAAUUGCCAUACAAUAGACAGUAUGAAUUGGAACGAGACAAUCUUGAAAUAGGGAAUAGACUGGGAUGCGGCCAGUUUGGUCAAGUUUGGAUGGGUUGGUUGGCGAAACCUCGGGUCAGCGAUUCGAUGGCGGAAAAAGUUCGCCUACCUGUGGCCGUCAAAGGCCCUUUGGUUGGUACUAAUGUCCAGCAUCAGAAAAUGCUAGCUGAUGAGCUGAAGAUCAUGUGCGCUAUAGGAAAACAUCCGAACGUGUUAGCACUCAUAGGAGCGAUAACCAAAAACAUGAAAGGAGGAGAGCUAUAUGUUGUCGUGGAACUGUGCGACAACGGAAAUCUCAAGGAUUACCUGCUCAAAUAUAAAAACAAGUUCAUAAACGAAUUGAAACAGACCGCCGUACCUGACGAUGGUUAUCUACGCCCUGAUUCAUCAGUGAAAACACAUUACGCUUCCGAGCAAAUCCCCGACUGGUCGAAUGAUAUGGAAUCAGAUCGAUUGCUAGCUGAUAAUACUAUGUUGGCUACCAGUGAUUUGAUUUCGUUUGGGAUGCAAGUCGCUAAUGGCAUGGAGUAUCUUUCAUCUAUACCGUGCAUUCACCGGGAUCUUGCUGCCAGGAAUGUGUUACUUACAAGCAAGCGAAUAUGCAGAAUUGCCGAUUUUGGCAUGGCAAAGAAUGAAAACAAGAAUUACUACAGGUUGCGCAAGAAGAAUGUGCUAGUCCCGUAUCGUUGGAUGGCGAUCGAGGCCAUUCAGGAUGGUGUUUAUACUUUAGAGUCCGAUAUCUGGUCGUUUGGCAUUUUGCUGUACGAGAUCUUCACCCUUGGUGGACUUCCUUACCCCACCAUAGCAAACGAGGAUCUUCUCAACAAGCUGCUUGAAGGACAUAGAAACUCGAAGCCACAGUAUUGUCACGAUGAUAUAUUUGACCUUAUGAUGAGAUGUUGGGAUAAAGAUCCAAAUGAACGACCGAAUUUCACUCAGUGCAUACAUCAUUUGAAGGAUCAGUUGCGAAAAGCGUCUCCACAGCUGCUGGAACGAGUGGAGCUGGACCUCGGCGAAGAAUGUAAUCGGCAAGAGGCCCUUUCGCAAUGGCUCGCCCCUGAGCCGGACCCUCGCGAAGGUCUGAACGGCUUCAGCACGGCCACCCCGUCCUCGCCCAAAAACACCGAACGAAUUUAUAUCAAAGAGUUCUCGCGGUAGCUUCUCACGGGCCGCUUCACGUUUCGCAUGGAUCCUACCCUCUACAGGGGUUGCAAGGAAUAAACUCUUUUACGUUUCUCUUCUAACUAGUCACUUACUUGUUCUAGUUGCUUAAUCAAGGUAAUCUAAUCUGCUUCCAUCUCGUUCUCAAUUUGACCUUUUUCAUCAUUGUAUCUUCUUCGUUUGUAUUGUUGAGGCGCAUAGAGUACGGGUAUAGUUUCGGUUGAACUUGUUUUCCACUAGGAUUUAAUCACAGAUGUGCCCUAUUCUAAGCUGUAACGCUGCAUAAGAUCUUCCAGACCGUUUUAGAUGAGUAUAGUGUAUUCUCCACAGGGGACAUAUCUCAUCUUUACAGAAAUCGCUUUGUACUUUGUAAUAAUUUUCUGAAUCAAAUUCUUAACACUUGCCAUGACUACUUACUCCGAUCUUACUCCCUUGCGGGGAUUUUUUUUAUCGCUACGCAAAUAUGAAUUCUUUUCAAUCUUUCAUGAUUUCAAAUCAUACCAGUGUCUCAAAAGAUUCGACUAUAAAUGUUCUAUCUCUUGUACCUAGAUGUCCAUCGAAGAAGAAACGUUACUGCUGUUGAUUCGGCAGAAGACAGCAUUUAAAUGAAGUGACGCGUUUUGUUGGUUACAGCUGUCCCCACAUCGACGACUGAAC